CUUUAGCGCUGACCAGGGUGAUUUCAAUCUGUUUCUUCUGUGAGGCUCGGGGCCAAUCUUUUGUCCUUUGUAUUAAGAGAUUUGGGGAGAAUGAGUUGGCUGGUGCGGCGUGGAUAUAUGUCUACUCCAUCUGUUGGUUGAAACGGUGGAAGCUCCAAUAUCUCACUUAAGUGUUGAGCAAAGGGAAUCCAAACAUGGAAUGUGGUUCUGAGAACAUCUUCAGAAAUUUUUCUGAAACCAAAGAUACUGUGCUCAGGUGAUUCGUUACCAUUUACAACUUAUUUUUUUACAGAUUGUUAUUGUACCUUACUCAAGAUUGUGUCUAUUUUGUAAAGUGCUUUCUGACUUAUAUCAUAUUGAGAAAGUUUUGACUACUUGAAGACUAACAGUGUCGUCAACAAAUGUAAGGGUUUCCUUGUCCACUAUUUUGUAUUUUGUAGAACACCAAAAUUUAUUGAAAUCCAACAUUGAAAUGCCCUUAUUCUGGUGUGUAUCUCUCUUGGUGAGCCGCUAGGGCAUGUUGACGACUAACUAUAUGGAGAUUUUUCUCAAGAAAAUUCCUAGAGAAAACAGUAGUCAGGCCAUUGUGUUGGUUAAACAACCGUCCUAAAACCUUUUAGGUAAAGAAGAAGCAACCCCACAUGGGUUGAAUGACCUACCUAAUCGAUACUUACCUCCAGCAUGAAAAUGGAUCAAGCAAAGGCAAAAGUCUGUGUUACCGGGGCUUCAGGCUUCUUGGCUUCUUGGCUUGUGAAGAGGCUUCUGCUUGAGGGAUAUGAAGUUAUUGGAACAGUCAGAGAUCCAGGAAAUGAGAAGAAAUUCGCGCACCUAUGGAAGUUGGAAGGGGCAAAGGAGAGACUGCGGCUGGUGAAGGCUGAUUUAAUGGAAGAAGGAAGUUUUGAUAACGCCAUAAUGGGAUGCCAAGGUGUUUUCCAUACUGCUUCUCCUGUGCUCAAACCUACCUCUAAUCCAGAGGAGGAGAUUUUGAGACCAGCUAUAGAGGGAACCCUGAAUGUACUGCGAUCAUGCGGGAAGAAUCCGUCCCUGAAGCGCGUGGUUCUCACCUCAUCAUCUUCAACAGUCAGGAUCAGAGAUGAUUUUGAUCCCAAAAUCCCUCUUGACGAAUCAAUUUGGACCUCUGUGGAACUCUGCAAGCGUUUCCAGGUCUGGUAUGCCUUAUCAAAGACAUUAGCCGAGCAAGCUGCAUGGAAAUUCUGUGAAGAAAAUGGUAUUGACCUCGUCACUGUUCUACCAUCCUUCCUCGUCGGACCCAGUCUGCCUCCUGAUCUAUGUUCUACAGCGUCUGAUGUCCUCGGAUUACUGAAAGGAGAAACAGAGAAGUUCCAAUGGCAUGGACAAAUGGGGUAUGUUCAUAUCGAUGACGUUGCACGAACCCACAUACUUGUUUUCGAACACGAAGCAGCGCAAGGCAGAUACAUUUGCAGCUCUAACGUUAUCAGUCUAGAGGAACUAGUUUCAUUCCUAUCUGCUCGUUACCCAUCACUCCCUAUCCCCAAGAGGUUUGAGAAAUUAAAUAGGUUGCAUUACGCCUUUGACACCUCGAAGAUACAGAGUCUCGGGCUCAAGUUCAAGUCCCUUGAAGAGAUGUUCGAUGACUGCAUUGCCUCAUUAGUCGAGCAAGGCUAUUUAUCUACUGGUCUUCCAUAACUCUUAGACUAGAGAAUAUGUGCAAAUAAGAUUGCUCUGAAAUAGUAGACAUUUGGAUUCACAAUUAAAGAAUAGAAUCGGAUAACAUGUAGACAAACUUUGUUUAUCUCUACUUGUUUAUGAACCAAAUCAAAACA